AUAGUUAUUGACAUGCAGUACCAGUGUUCCUUGGCACUUUACAGAACUGAUCAGAGAGAAGACAGCAUGUUCAAGGAGAGGAAAGUGAGGAUGCUAAAGAGGUGGUAAUUUGCAUGAAUGGAAUCUGAAGUGGGCAGUACGUGAACUUUACAUUCUUGGUGAACGUAAACAUCAGUGCAUUUAGGAGAGUGCCUGCGCUGAAUGGAGCCUGUUGUGUGUGUAAUGUGCAUACGCGAGCCAAAGGCCUCUGGCAAGGAGCAGUGAGGGGCUGAGACUGAGAAGCAGCAUUCAGACAGCUGGCUUCCUGUGAGCCUGGAAUGUGGAAUUGGCAAGCAAUGAAUGACACUGAUUUCCAAAAGAAGAUUGACUAUGAAAUCCGAAUGCGAGAUGGGACAUGCAAAUUGUUGGCUGCCUGUACACAGAGAGAGCAAGCACUGGAGGCAUCAAAGAGCCUACUGACCUGCAACACCCGCAUAAUGGCCUACAUGUCAGAGCUGCAGAGAAUGAAGGAAGCUCAGGUCAGACAGCGAAGGGUCAGACGAUCAUCAGAUGCAGGUUUGCUUAAAGAUCGAUUACCAUGCAAGGGCAAAGUUGCCAUAUCUGAUCUUCGUAUUCCCCUAAUGUGGAAAGAUACUGACUACUUCAAAAACAAAGGAGAUUUCCAUCGAUAUGCUGUGUUUGCAUUAAUAAAGAUAGGCUGUGAAAUCUAUGACACGGAGAUGGUGAUGGUUGAUCGCACCAUGACAGAUAUUUCUUUUGAAAGUUCCUUUGUGUUCUCCAGUGUUGGGCCUGACUUUGAGAUGAAGUUGGAGAUUUACAGCUGUUGUGUAGAAGAGGAUUUCUCGAUGGCCAGUGCACCAAAGAAGCUUGCCAGCAAGCUCAGCACUUCCCUUGGACGCUCAACAGGGAGGAAGAUUCGAGCCAGCCUUGACAGCACUGGAGAAAGUGUAAUGGCCAAUGGUGGGAGCAGCCCCGUCAUUCUGCCAGCGACAGCUGUGGAGGGCCCUAAAUAUCAUCUGUUGGCUCAAAGCAGCCUCUCUCUCGCAGCAAUCCACAAUAAUGUCUGUACACAGAGCCUCAAUAGGCUGGGAAAUGAGUGUUGCUCCUUUUGGUUGCCUCUCUAUGGCAGUUUGUGUUGUCAACUUGCUGCCCAGCCUCUCUGUAUGACCCAGCAAAUGAUGUCCAGCUUUUUGAACCUGCAGCAGAUGGUGGGUGAACGGUGCAACUGGACCAGGAUGUACUGUGUGUUACAGGGAACAAACCUGUUCUGUUACUACUCUCCAGAGGAAGUAGAGGCCAAAAUGGAUGCUGCAUUUACCAUUGCUGUAAACAAGGAGACACGAAUCCGAGCAACAGAUAAAGACUCGAAGAGAAAAUGUCACAGCAUCUCAAUAACCAAUUGCUAUGCAGCUGAGGAGGUGACACACACUCUGGUGUCAGAGUCUCAGGAGGAGAUGUGCCAGUGGAUGGAGGCUUUCUGGCAACACUUCUGUAACUUGAGUGCUUGGAAACAAUGCUGCGAUGAAUUGAUGAAAAUUGAUGUCGUCCCUCCACGGAAACCACCAGUAACAAUGUCUAAGCAAGGAGUCUCGUUAUACCAUGAGAUGGCUAUUGACUCUCCAGAAGACAGUGACUUAGUCACAGACACGUUCGUUGGAGGACAUGGCUUACAUCCCUGGUCUGUGCUUUUCGAAAACACUGAGAAAACAGUUUGGAGAAAUAUUAUCCCCAUGCCGAAUAACAGCGCUAUUCCAGCUUCUUUCACACGUCAGUUACAAAGUUGUCCCUUGAUUGAUAGUGGUGCUGGCAAGUCCCAGAAUUUACAGGAUUUCUCUGCAGAAACUUUCCUUCCCCGCUCACGAACACUUUCUUUGGAUUCCAAGCUCAUGAGUUUGAUGUAUCAAGCAGAGUGUAAACAAUAUGGCAUGCAACUCUACAUGAGCUCAACUGAGAACAGCACUUCUGAGUUCGCCAUAAAACCCUUCUCUCACCCUGCUACUGACUGACCAAUUCAUGCCGGACUGGAGCCAAGGAGCUGGUCCCAGACACAGGGUAUACUAGAAUGAUGGAUACUGAGUGAAAUCAGCAACUUACAAUACAACAAACAUUGAGAUCAUGGAAACAAGCUCCAAGGAGCAUCAGGCUUGAUAGGGUGAUUUGUGUUGAGCGAGGAAUGUGGAGAGUUAGCACUCUGUGUGAAGGGUGUGUGUGUGUCUGCCAACUCUGUUUCUGCCUGGGGCUAAUAUAUUUGUGUGUGGAGUGUCUAUGUCUCUAAGUCAGAUGUGCCUAGAUCUGCUGACUCAGGACAACAAAAUGUGAG